UCCGCCCUUCCCAAGAUGGCGCUGUUCUCCGUGCGGAAGGCGCGUGAGUGCUGGCGCUUCAUCCGGGCACUUCACAAAGGACCCGCAGCUACUCCGGCUCCCCAGAAAGACAGUGGGGAGCGAGUGUUUUCUGGCAUCCAGCCUACAGGAAUCCCCCACCUGGGAAAUUACUUUGGAGCCAUCGAGAGCUGGGUGAAGUUACAGGAGGAGUAUGACACGGUGCUGUACAGCAUCGUGGACCUGCACUCCAUCACUGUCCCCCAGGACCCCGCCAUCCUCCAGCAGAGCAUCCUGGACAUGACAGCUGUUCUCCUCGCCUGUGGUAUAAACCCAGAGAAAAGUAUCCUCUUCCAGCAGUCUCAGGUGUCUGAACAUACUCAAUUAAGUUGGAUCCUCACCUGCAUGGUCAGACUGCCUCGACUGCAGCAUUUACACCAGUGGAAGGCAAAGGCCGCGAGGCAGAAGCAUGAUGGGACAGUAGGCCUGCUCACGUACCCCGUACUCCAGGCAGCAGACAUCCUGUGCUACAAGUCCACGCACGUUCCUGUCGGGGAGGAUCAAGUCCAGCACAUGGAACUAGUUCAGGAUCUAGCUCGAAGUUUCAACCAGAAGUAUGGGGAGUUGUUUCCACUGCCCACGUCCAUCUUCACAUCCAUGAAGAAAGUGAAGUCUCUCCGUGAUCCCAAUGCCAAAAUGUCCAAGUCAGACCCCGACAGACUGGCCACUGUCCAAAUAACAGACAGCCCAGAGGAGAUCGUACAGAAAUUCCGAAAGGCUGUGACGGACUUCACAUCAGAGGUCACCUAUGAGCCGGACAGCAGAGCUGGUGUCUCCAACAUGGUGGCAAUCCACGCAGCUGUGUCUGGCCUCUCGGUGGAGGAGGUAGUGCGCAGCAGCGCGGGCCUGGACACUGCGCGCUACAAGCUGCUGGUGGCGGACGCUGUGAUUGAGAGAUUUGCUCCAAUCAGGAGGGAAAUUGAGAAACUGAAAAUGGAUAAGAGCCAUUUAAAGAAGGUUUUACUUGCUGGAUCUGCAAAGGCCCGAGAAUUAGCCUGUCCUGUGUUGGAGGAGGUGAAGGGAUUGGUGGGGAUUCAGUAGGAAAGCCAGCCAGCCUCUGCACCCCUGUCAAGGCAGUCGGCCGCUGGCGGUUAGCUUCAUUUCAUGAAUGCUUUCUAUGGAGCCAUGUUCCAAAGAACUGCAGUACACUGAGGCACAGUUUUUGGUCUGAAGUGUUCCCACAAACUUGACAGCUAAACAAAAAUAACCCUCCCUCUGUGGAAGCCAUAGGAGAGGGACCAAGGGGCAGAGUGUAGAAUUAGCUCCUACAAUGUCACUAAGUAUGAAGCAAGCGUGAAGCCCCUCCUCCCCGCCCCCAAGACUAGGGUGCUUUUAAAGAAUUCUCCCAAAGCCC